AUGUCUAAGUAAAAUAAAACUCUCAUCUUUGAUUAGGCAGCAAGACACGCGAGAAUCAAAAAAGAAAAUGAGGAGCAAUUAUCGUAGGCAUUGAAACUUUAUUAAGAAUUUGGAAAGAUAGAAAAUAAUGAAUUAAUAGCUACAGUAAUUGAUUCACUCUCUACUAUUGAAUUCUUCAAAUAAAAUUGUCCAGAAGGAAUGAAAUUAAGCGAAUUUGUUGCAAAUGCAAUUAAAUAUUUUUAAUUUGAACAGUAUGAUUAUGGACAACCAAUAUUUCACUAUGGUGAAUAUGGUGAUAAAAUGUACAUAAUAUUAAAGGGAGAAGUUGGUGUAUUUGGGCCUAGACCAUUAGAUGAUAUCAUUAGAGAUAUGGAAUAAUUAAAGAAAUAGGAAGAGGUAGAAUUAGUGAAGGUACAAAAAAAGUAGUUAACAGUAAAUUUUGAUAACUUACUUAAAAUGUAAGGAGAAAAAUAUUUUAAAGAUGGAGUACUCUUAUAUUAGAAGGUAAUCAUAUAUACAAUGUGUAGAUUUUUUAAUAUUAUUCAGGAUAAAGUUUUGGCGAUGUUGCAUUAACAUCAGAUAAACCCAGAUCUGCUAGUAUCAUUGUCUAUUCAGAGAAGGCAUUCUGUAUAACUAUGAGGAGAAAUGAUUUUAAAUAGAUCUUUCAGAAAUCCAUUUAACAAGCCAGAAAUACUAUUGAUUAUUUUAUGAAGAUAUUUCCUGGAACUUUGAAAUUUAAUAUUUCUAAAUUCAUCUAAUAUCUCAGACCGAUUAUUUUUCAUAGCAAAACAAUAUUAUGGUAAAUUGGAGAUGAACCAUAAUUCUUUUUUAUUAUUGUAACUGGUAGAGUCUAACUUUAUAAGUAUUUUGAUUAAGAUACAUUAAUGGGGAAAAAAAAGAAUUAAAACUUAUCACAUGACAAGUUAUAUUUAGCUAAAUAAUCUCAUAAAUCAAAGAUAAUUGUAUUAAUUUAUUAUUAUAAAUAAGUUAAGCCAAUUAUCAGAUGGUAGUAUAAUUGGUUAGGAAGAAUUAAUCGAAGAUUUACCAUAUAGGAAAUACUGUUGUGAGGUUGUAGAUAAUACAAGUGCUUAUUAUAUGGAAUAAUCCGAUUUUAGAGCCAUUCAAGGAAACCACCCUGAUAUUAUGGAAUGUCUAAGAGAAAGAGUAUAAAUUAAUAAAGAUUACAUUGAUAAAAGAUAAAGAUUGAUUUUAGAAAACUUUAAAAACUAUGAUGAUUAUUUGAGUUCUCUUAAUAAUAAACUAAGUUCUUAAUCCUAAUUGAAGGAUCUCUUUCUCAAUAUUAAUAAUAAACAAAUCUGUAUCAGAUCUUAAAAAAAUUUGAAGGUAUCUUAGAAUGAAAUACUAUUGUAACAUAUUGAUUAUGACCAAAAAAGAAAAUCUCUUGAACAGGAGGAAGAGUCGGAAUUAAGAUUUAUAAUAAAUAACAACAAUUUAUAGCAGAUCAGAGAUAGAUUUGUCAGACAAUAAUAAAAUGAAAGGGAUUGUCUAUCCUAAUAGAAAUAAGCACAUAAUAGAAAGCUAAUAACUCAAAUAUUAAAAUAAUAUUAAUAUAAAAAAAUUUAACAUGAAAAAAAAGAUAGAAAAAGAAACUCAAUUUUUAUUACUUCUUCAUAAACUUCAAUUGGUUAGACUAUUGAAACAGAAAAUUCAAUUGAUAUUUUGAGGUAAUAAUAAUUGCAACGUUCUUCCGUAAUAAUUCCUACUCAUGUAAAACUAAGGGCAAGAAAAUAAUCAACUCAAAAGAGCUACAAUAAUAAUCAGACACUAAAUAAUUUAACUGAAAUAGAGAGUAGAACACAUUAAUAAACAAACAUUACACAUAUUACUCCUAGUACUUGUAAAUUCUUCAAGACAAUAAGAUCCAUUUCAGGAAAAUGCUGA